AAACCUGCAGACAGACACACAGACUGUAAACCCGCAGACAGACAGACAGACUGUAAACCUGCAGACAGACAGACCGACUGUAAACCUGCAGACAGACGGACAGAGUCCGAGUCCGACAGAGGUUUCUCUGCCCCUCCUCCCGUCCGCUGCAGCUCCCGCCUGGCUGCCAAACCACGACGCGUUCACUGUCUGACCAGCCGGGGGAGGCAGCACCCUGCCUGCCCCGGCCCACCCGCACAGACAGACGGACAGAGCCGGAGUUCCUUCGAGCACGCAACAUCUGUCCCAGAGAAGGUGGCGUCCAUGAAGAUCUCGCACCCUGAUGCUGGGGCCAAUUUGGAGGCGAUUGAAGCAGCAUGCGAGGCCGAGGCGGCUCCUUUGGGCCAUCCGGAGGUCCGAGAGAAACGCUACAGAUGUUCCAGCUGUGGGAAGAAGUUCUACCAGAUCAGCCACCUAAAGAAACACCAGUUCAGCCACACGGAAGAGAAACCCUUCAGCUGCAAAGACUGUGGGAAGAGCUACACCUCUACAGAAAGCUUCAGAGCCCAUCAGAUGAGUCACCGUGGGCAGCGUCCGUACUCCUGCCCUCACUGUGAGAAGGCGUACGGCCUGAAGCGGGACCUGAAGGAGCACAUGGUGCUGCACACCGGAGAGAGACCUUACGUCUGCGAGCACUGUGGCAAGGCGUUUGCUCGCCGCCCCUCCCUACGCAUCCACCGCCUCCUUCACUGCAGCAGAGUGGUUUACACACAGCGUCCGAAGGUGCGGUGCAAAGUCUGCCCUAAGCUGCUUGCUAACUCCGGCUCUUUGAGGAACCACAUGAAGAUCCACACGGGGGAAAAACCUCACAUAUGUCAGCACUGCGGGAAGUGUUUCAGUCAGAAAGGGAACCUCGAGGCUCAUUUGAGAAGUCACAACGGAGAGAAGCCGUUUCCUUGCUCUGAGUGUGACCAGAGCUUCUCCCAGAAACCCGACCUCCGUCGGCACAUGUUUUCCCACACCGGAGGAGGUUUCCUCUGCAGUUUCUGUGGAAAAUCUCUGAGGGACCCACACAGCCUGAAGUCCCACGAGAGACUGCACACUGGAGAAAGGCCCCAUCGCUGCCCUGUCUGUGGAAAAGGCUACAUCUUGGCCACCAAGCUGCGGAGACACAUAAAGUCCUCCCACCUGAUGGAGAAGCCGCACCGCUGCCACUGCGGUGCCUCCUACACCGUGAGACAAAGUCUGCUGCGGCACCAAGCUCAGCACAGGGCUGAGGGAGGAACUCAGGAGGAGGAGGAGCGGGAGGGAGGACAUCGAGACAAGAUGAAGAGCAGCAGUAAGAACGAGGUCGCGCAAGACUUAGCGACUUCGGGCUCCAGUCACCCGAAGCCGAUCAGAGGCAGACCCAAGAAGAACUCCCUCCCCCGGGGAGAAGGAGACAAGCAGGAGGGUCAAGUGAGGCGGAAAAGAGGACGAGAAAAAGUGGAGGAAAAGGAGGCGAGAGAAGAGACUGAGACCUCGAGGGCAGGAGAUGACGAGGCUUCGGGUCACAUCCAUCAUGUUGUCUAUGUCCACACUGACGGCCUGUUGGCGGAGAGCCCCUCCCCUCUGCUCCUCGCCUCGGAGGGCUCGCUGCCUUCGGAGACGGGCCAGGACCUGGUGGAGGUGGUGAUAUCCGAGGGCGCCGAGCAGUGCAUCAUGACCCUCCAGGAGGAUGGGGGCGGACUCUGCUCUGUGGCACAGACAAUUGAGAUUAACACAAUGUAGACUACUCUAU